AUGGAAGGUAUCGGUGCUUCGGAAAACGACAGCGAUCUCGAAAUGGAAACCGAAGCACCUCGGUUGGAUCAGCUGCUCGGAUUGGAUGUGAUGCAGCACCUGGAACCGAAAGAAAGAAAUAGGCAAGAAGCCAUUAAGAAACUAUUCCACUCAGAGCGCACACAUGUGCGAAAUUUGAAAGUGCUGUCUGGAGUAUUCCAUAAGCCCAUGUCGUGGAAUAACGUGGCGUCCUCGGAUGUAAGGGAACUGCUCUUCGCAAACGUUGACGAAGUUAUAGAGAUCCACAUGGGAAUGUUACGUCAAAUGCGACAAGUUGUUGAGAAAUGGGAAAGAGAUCCUAGUGUCACCGGUGUUUAUGGAAAUGUAGGUGAGCUCUUGGAAAAUAUGUUUGACGGUGAAGCUGGUGAAAAGCUCAUGCAAGUCACCACAAUAUUUUGCGAAAACCAAGAGCAUGCGCUCGAAGUCCUACGAACAAGAUUGCAACUGAAGGACCAUCUUCCAGUUGAGAUGCAACGGCUGGUAAAGUAUCCGCUUCUAUUGGAGGCGAUCGCCAAAUAUACGGACGUGGAAAACGAGGAAUACGAUCAUCUUCUCCGUACAGUGGAGUCGACGAAACGCAUUUUGAGAGCCGUGAAUACGGCAAAGGAAAACGCCGAAAAUGUUCGCCGCCUUGAAGAGACGGCGGUUGGACACAACCCCGUCCGAUAA